ACGCUGUAUGCGUUUAGUUAUUGUAAGGAAAUGAUAUUUACAUUUGGUGUAGCAGCAAGAUUUGUGGUGUACGGAUCUGAGCCGAUCUGGGCCUCCGCCCCGCGUGAGCCUGAGUGUGCGUGUGUGAAACCUGUCGCUUAUAUAAUGACAUAUUUUUGUGUCUGUCAGACAAAGACGCAUUCCCACGCGCUCCUCUUUCACACGCACGCGCGCUCUGCAGCAGACUGUCGGUAUUAUCCAGGGAAACGAGGACCAGCCCUAAAAUGUCUCGCGACCCGUUUUUCUCUGUGUGUGAGAGCUCAGCGCACGUGGGCGGUUCCAACUUUUAUAUGUUUGUGCAUGUGCGCGCGUGUGGCUUCCAGGCUCCGUGGGAAAGCUCCUGCAGCAGAAGAGGAGGAGGAGGAGGAGGAGGAAGACACACCGGCUCCAGUGCAGUCUGUAGCCGACACGCAGACACCUGAAGCGGUCACGCGCCGCUGGAGGAGCCGCAGAAAUGACUCCAAACGUUUAAAUCCUUUCUCUGACUUUAAAAGGACGUAUUUUAUCAUUAAAGAAAACUUUUUCUAACUUUCAGAAUCUGGGAGGAAUCUUUAAAUUCACAUUUCUGCAAAAAGGGAAAAUUAAGUUUUCUUUCUGUCGGAUUAACUUGAGUUACAUCCUGGAACUUUCCUGCUGCAGUUUGACUUUGCAUGUUUUUGUUGGGAGGAUUUUCUUCCUCCUCCUCCUCCUCCUCCAUCAUGAAGCGGCCGCGUGAGGACCGCAGCUCGGCGGAGGAGACCAUCGAUGAGGGCCGGCACGCGCUCCAUCCAGGGUCCAUGAAGGCGUCCUUCGUCAGAUGUGGAUCUCCGACCGCGACCACUCAGGUUAUGGCGAGGAAAAAACGCAGAGGGAUCAUCGAGAAGCGACGACGAGACCGAAUCAACAACAGUCUGUCGGAGUUACGCAGACUCGUCCCAACGGCCUUCGAAAAGCAGGGCUCAGCGAAGCUGGAGAAGGCAGAAAUUCUCCAGAUGACCGUGGACCAUCUGAAGAUGCUGCAGGUCACAGGAGGGAAAGGUUACCUGGACGCCCACGCCUUGGCGCUGGACUUCCUGUCUCUGGGUUACAGGGAAUGUGUGACGGAGGUUUCCCGCUACCUGAGCACCGUGGAGGGCCUGGACUCCCGCGACCCCCUGCACUCCCGCCUCCUCUCCCACCUCACCAGCUGCGCUUCCCAGCAUGACGUCGCCACUCUGACAGCCGCCUCCCAUCAGCACCACCCGUUCCCCCACCCGCCCCCCCCCCAGCACUGGGCCGCUGCCGUGGCAACGCUGCGUCCUCUGCCGUACGGACUGAGCGGACUUCCGGUUUCUCCAGACACCAGAGGAGGCGGCGGAGGCCCCCAGAGGCUGAUGGAGAUAUCCCAGCGCAGCGUGGUCUCCUCCUCUUUUGCCUCCCUCACAGACUCCUCCUCUUCCUCACUUUCAUCCUCCUCUUCCUCAUCCCUCAUGCUCCCCUGCCCACCCACCACCUCCCUCCUCUCCCUCUCGGCAUCAUUUCCCAUCACCUUCCACGGAGGUUUCCCCCUCCGCCCUCCCUCCUCCCUCACCUCCACCAGUCCUCCUGGCUCUUCCUCCUCCUCCUCUUCCUCGCAGACCCCUCAUAGCAUCAGCAGGAAGCCCUACCGGCCGUGGGGAACCGAGGUCGGAGCCUUCUGACCGCUAACGUCUGACUGACUUAACCAGCUAACCCGUUAACAUCUGGGAAGAUCUCCACCUGCUGCUCCCGCUAACUUCCUGAAACGUUCACCCCAUGACAGAAAGUUUGCUUUAAUUUGCUGCUUAAACACAUUUAUUUUAUUUUAUUUUUUGUCUUUCAUGUGAGAUUUAUUCCACUUGAACUGAAGUGAAUCCAUAUAUAACGAUUUUCUACAUUUUAUUGUUUUACUCAUCAAAUCUGAGGACAUUUUUUCCAGGAAAGUUGAUAAAGUGAAACAAAAACGUGUAUUUAAGAUAAAAUCUAAAUUAAAUGUAGAAUCUGCUGCAGAAACACACUCAGAAGAAAUUCCAUGAACUUUAAGUUUUCCGCUCCUUCUGAAUCCUUCGUGUCUCUUUCUCCUCGUCAUGAUGCUCCAAACAUUUUCUGUUGGUCUGGUGAUACUUGGUCAGUACCGCUGCUAUAAGUUCCGCCUUAAAACCGUUUUGGCUGAUGUGACUGGCUCUCCGCUUUUGUGACUUGCUCAGGGAUUGGCUGUCCCUGCUGUCAAUCACUCUGUUAGCUAGCAGCAGACAGGGAUCCUAACGGUCUUUAGUCUUAAGCUCAGGAGCAAAGAAAAGACAGGAGUUAGUUUAGACCGAGUCAAUGUAAAAGCUGAAGUUACAAAGAAUUUAUUUUAUUUAUUGAGUCACUGCCUGGUGGUGAUAUUAAUAAUCUCCAAGUAAAAGAAAGUUUCCUUAGCAUGCAUCGAGGUGAGUUCAGAGUUCAGAUCUGGUCUACGUAAUUAAUAAAAAUUUAGUCCAAGUAAUAAUAUAUCAUACUGAUGUUUACCUGAACUUCACAUAUUAUCUUCCAGACUUAAAGUAUUUUUGUCUGGUUCAGAUCCCUGGAAAAAAAUACAACACGAAUUUUAAUAUGAUUUUAAAUUAAAAUGAGAAUAAUGAUAAUGAAAAAAACAUUUUCUUUUAUAUCACAUAGUCUAUGCCGUUUCAACAAGUCUAAAUAUAAGUAUUAUAAAUGUUUGCUUGUUUAGAUUUUAUAUCCACUUUUCAGGAGCAUCAUACAUGGAAAACUCCCUGAAUAUUUUCCUGCUAUUCUGCUCUGUGGAUGCUGAAAGACCAAAGUUCUUUAUAAUCUGUCACUGAGAAAUAUUUGCUGAACUUAUUGAUGAUUCUCUGAUGGAGUUUGGACCAAAUUUGUGAACAUGACCCAUCCUGAUUGGAAACACUAACCCUUUGGUAGAUGCUGCUUUUAUACCCAACCCUGACACCCUCACCGGUCUCCAGUUAAUCUGCUGGUUGAAGAACCAUCCAGAACCAUGUAACUGAACAUUAUAGAACAACUUUUACUGAGUGUGUUGCUGCAUCACAUUUUAAACGUUUCCAUUUUCUGUUUAAGUGUUUGUUAAAUAAUCAGAAAUCAUAAGUGAAACUAUUUAAAAAUCACAAUUUUUGUUGCAUUUUAGAAAACUUUCUUUUUAGAAAAAAAUUGUUUCUAAUCCUCAACGAAUAAUAAUUUUCCUUCUGAUUGUUAGUUUAAAUGACACCAGACUCAUCGUAGAAAAUCAACCUAAACACGUAUUUAAAAAAAGGCCUGAACAGUUAGUAACUGACGAACACAAACAAGCAUUUUUCUGUUUUUUUUUUCCACAGAUUUCUCAACUGAGAAUGAAAAAUGUUCCUAAAACUUUCCCAAAAUGUCCGACACUUGUUGGGUUGUAAGUGAUGAAAAUAAAAAGCCUGAUAAAGACGA